AUGCCGUUUGUUGAUACGCCACCAGCGGACAGCGAAGUUGAGGUUGCUACGGGGCCUAUGGGCGAAUUGGAGAAAGAAGUAAGAUUAAAAGAACUUGUCGCCGGUUUAUCCGCAGGCUUACACUUUGAAAUAUCCCCAGACACAGCGAACUUUAGCGUAGGGCAAAGGCAGCUUAUCUGUUUGGCUCGUGCAAUAGUUAGAAACAACAAAAUACUACUUUUGGAUGAGGCAACUGCUAAUGUCGACCUAAAAACUGACGAAAUUAUUCAGGAGACCAUAAGAACAAAAUUCUCAUGUUGUACAGUGAUUACAAUAGCUCAUAGACUAAACACAGUAAUAGAUUCGGAUAAAAUAUUGGUACUAGAUUCUGGGGUAGCAGUUGAGUUUGAUCAUCCGUAUGUAUUACUUCAAAAUAAAGAUGGUGCAUUUUAUAAUUUGGUGCAACAGACGGAGAAAGUAAUGGCCGACGCCUUGUUUGAUCUUGCGAGAAAGAACUACUCAAAGAGCCCUAUUAAUUCGAAUGGAGAAGGAUGACAUGUUUCACUAAUGUAAUGAGGUUGAAUGUGAAUUGAAAAAUAUAAACUGCUGAUAAACCUA